AUGGCACAGAAGACAGUACUGUCACCUGGAUUCAGUAAGCUAUCUAUGGAGGAAUUGGAAAGUUGGAAAAGAACUCAUGAAACUCCAACUGAAUGGCGCAUAAGGCGAUCGUUUUUGGAAAAAAAUUUUAAUAAAUUACACCCUGAACGCUUGGAGUGUCUUUCACAUUGUUUUACUAAUGCUACAUUGUACAAAGUCAAAUAUCCAGAAAAAGUCAUGGAAGAGAUCAACCUUCUUGGGGAAGGAAUUGAAGAAGCCAAUACUUGUGAACAGAGUAAAAAUUUCAGUUGA